AUGGACUCCCUCACACCAACUUCAAACCAGCAGGUAAGCUCCACCAUGUCCCAGCCCCAGGCGCCUCCCGGAGAGCAGUCCAAUGCUACCUUCCCCAGAUUCUCUGAACUGGCGGCAGAGCUGAGGAUAAUAAUUUGGCAGCACGCAAUGGACGACCCUCGUCUCAUGUACGUUCACCUCGGCAUACCCGGCACUGGGGCGGUGACGACCUUUGACCGGUUCAUCAUGAACGGGAACUACCUCGCCGCGACGACAAACCCACGCUCAGGCCUUAUCGACGCAUGCAGCGAAAGCAGUGGGGAGGUCCACAGGAUUGAGAGCUGGGAUACCUCCAAGGUCAGAUGGCUGGGCAUGCUCGGCCUUACACAGUACUAUCCCACCAGAGCGGAUCUUGUGUACAUGGGCGGUCUUCGGGACGGGGGCCGGACCCCUCCCGCCGACGCGAACAAGAUCAUUCCUCUGAGUCUGGUUUUGGGUAACAUCCUGCCACGGGUCAUGGUCAACGCUGACGUAUUCAUGAAGUACUUUGACCCGGACGAGAACCAGGAUCCCGAGAACCCUAUCGACAAGGCCCUCGCAGACUUGCGGACACUGGGCGACCAGUACGCGCCCCUCCUCGCUGAUGACCCGAAUGGUCUACCACGUCCCCGGCUACCGGAAAGCAUGGUCUUUAUGUUGGAUAAUUUCCACUUGCGGUGGGACAUUGCCUCCCCUUGCACGGUCCCGGAGCACCGGGAGGAGUUCAUAACCUCGUGCUGUAUCCAUUACGACCACCUCGAGAUCGUCGCCGACGAGGACAUGGACAACUGGAUGGAAGCUAACCUGGUGCAGUACGACGACGACUUAGCGGGUGACCGUUCGAACUGGCGUAUCCGAAUGGAGAUCAUCCCAGCCAUCCGUGCAAUCUGGGCUGGUUGGCGAAGCCAGCCAGACGUCGCCACGCAGGUCCCGCGGCUGUUCUUCACGCGCAUCAGGCCCUCCGAGUGA